CAACUUUUUUGGUGCAGGGUUUCUCUCUCUCUUAUUUCACUGCGGAUGCUUCUUCUCUCUGACGGAACGCAACUGUAGAAAGAGCCAGAUAUUAGAAGAGACUCCAUUUUUCUUCUUCUUCUUCUUAAUGAUUUCUUCACGGGUUGCCCAAAUUAUUGUUCGUUUCAGCAUUAUUGGUGGGUACCUAUGUUCAGAGUUGUACACAAGAAGAGUCGUGGCUUUGAUGAGUUUGCAGGUUCCACAAAGAAAUGCACUUGGUGUUGAAGUGGGUUAAAAAAAAACAGACAAGGUUUUGAGGGUAAAAAGGUGUUGGACCACUUGGUGGUAUAAUUCAGUUGAAACCUCAAGUGGGUUCCAUUAUAUUUCACUUGUAUGUCUCAAAUCAUUGAUCUUUAUGUGGGUUUGGUGUGCUCCUUCUGGUGAAGAUUUAUCUGGGUUUUUAGAGCUUAGGGGAUCAGUUAGAGUAGUGUGGUUUUAGUAGCAUGAAUCUGCAAUGCAGGGUGUCUGGGUUUAAUGGCAGAUUAUCUGCUAGUUUCAAGUUAAACAAGGCAAUGGAGCCCUUGGAUGGGCCUAAUUGUGUCACAUAUUCAAGAAGAAAGUUUCUUCUACUUCUUGGGAUUUUAGGUUGUAUUACAAUUGUUUGGUUCUUAUUGGGUUCCAAUGAGGGAAUUAUGGGUAUUAAAGAGAAGACUCCAGAGAUGUGUGGAAAGAAAGCUCCAAUCUUGCAGCAGCAUUUCAAUGUCGGCAAGAACCAGCUUCUGGCUUUAGCUUCCUUGUUCUCCGAAUCAGAUCAGAUAGCAUCCCUUGAAUGUACCAAAGAAACAGGACCUGCGAUGCUUUUAACUGAUGGCAUUUCCUGUGCUCUGAAGGCAUUGUGUUCAGAUGAGAGAGAAUUUCAAGAGCAUCAUAAAUGGGUUGCAGAAUAUGUAGAAGCUGAGGACCAAUGCCUGGCGCAAGAUGAAAACAUCCCCAGAAUGCUUGACCUAUCAUUGCUACAAGAAAAUUCAUUGGCACAAAUUCCGCAGUCUACAGUAUCCACUCAUAGGAUUUGUCAAAAGGACGCAUUGGGAUCAGGCGCAAAGGUAGAGUGCGCAAAAGUGGAUUCUCAUAUUGAUUGUGGUUUGAUGAUGGGAUGUUCAUUGGUUUUUGUUGGGAUGAAUUUGUGCUACCAAUUAUGGAGGAACCAGAAGCAGAAGCUGGUUCGUGGGUGUUCCUGCCAGCAGAAAAUGGUUCAAGAACAGUCAUUCGGUAGUAGGAAGCUGCCAGAGAAACAGCAACAAACCCAAAGUCCUCGAAAGGUCGCAUGCACUUGGAGGAAGAAGCUCCUAAUCGUAUUUGUCGUACUUGGAGCUCUUGUGUCAAUUUGGUUAUUUUUCUACUUGAAUGAAAUAGAUUUUUUGUGGAGAGAAGAAACACUUGCCAACAUGUGUGAUGAACGAGCCCGAAUGUUGCAAGAUCAGUUCAAUGUGAGCCUGAAUCAUGUUCAUGCUUUAGCCAUUCUUGUCUCCACGUUUCACCAUGGGAAGCAUCCUUCUGCCAUUGAUCAGAAAACGUUCGGUGAAUACACAGAAAGAACAGCUUUUGAGAGACCACUCACUAGUGGUGUUGCUUAUGCUUUAAAAGUUACUCAUGCUGAGAGGGAACAAUUUGAGAGGGAACAUGGAUGGACAAUAAAGAAAAUGGAAACUGAGGACCAGACUCUUGUCCAAGAUUUUCUUCCGGAAAGCUUGGAUCCUGCUCCUAUUCAAGAUGAAUAUGCACCAGUGAUAUUUUCUCAAGAAACGGUCUCCCAUAUUGUCUCCAUUGACAUGAUGUCGGGAAAGGAUGACCGUGAGAACAUCUUGCGAGCAAGGUCAACAGGAAAGGGAGUACUGACUUCCCCUUUUAAGCUAUUGAAAUCCAAUCACCUGGGUGUUGUUCUCACAUUUGCUGUGUAUAAUAUCGACUUGCCUCCAGAUGCCACAUCAGAAGAACGAAUUCAAGCAACUGUGGGGUAUUUAGGUGCAUCUUACGAUGUUCCAUCUCUUGUGGAGAAGCUCCUGCACCAACUUGCAACAAAGCAAACAAUUGUUGUGAAUGUUUAUGAUGCAACUAACGCGUCUUCUCUGAUCAACAUGUAUGGAACUGAUGUUGUUGAUACUGGGCUGUUGCAUAUUAGCAGCCUUGAUUUCGGUGAUCCACAACGCAAACAUGAAAUGCACUGCAGGUUUAAGCAUAAACCUCCUUUUCCGUGGACGGCAGUAAGUGCAUCAGUAGCAUUUCUUGUCAUUACAUUUCUACUUGGUCAUAUAUUUUAUGCGGCCAUAAGCCAAAUAGCAAAGGUAGAGGCAGACUUUUGUGAGAUGAUGGAACUCAAAGUUCGCGCAGAAGCUGCAGAUGUGGCCAAAUCUCAGUUCCUUGCAACUGUUUCCCAUGAAAUCCGGACACCAAUGAAUGGUGUUUUAGGUAUGCUGCAAAUGCUGAUGGACACAAAUCUUGAUGCAAAUCAACAAGAUUAUGCUGAGACUGCUCUUGCUAGUGGAAGAGAUCUUAUCUCGCUUAUAAAUGAGGUUCUUGAUCAGGCCAAGAUAGAAUCAGGACGGCUGGAACUUGAAACUGUACCUUUUGAUCUACGAUCGGUGCUUGAUAAUGUGCUAUCACUUUUCUCAGGAAAAACGAAUGAAAAAGGGGUUGAGUUGGCUGUUUAUGUCUCCAAUAUGGUUCCAGAAGUUGUCAUUGGAGAUCCAGGACGCCUUAGGCAGAUAAUUACUAACUUGGUUGGGAAUUCUAUUAAGUUCACCCAUGAUAAAGGACAUAUAUUUGUCUCGGUGCAUCUGGCAAAUGAAGUGAGGGGUCCACCUGAUUUUAUGGAUGAAGUUCUAAGACAAGGCUUGAAUUUAGUUGGAGACCUCUCAAACAAAACUUAUAAUACAUUGAGUGGCUUUCCUGUGGUUGAUAGAAGGAAAAGCUGGGAAUGUUUCAAAACUUUAAGCAGCACAACAGUGGAGGAACCUGAUAUGAUAAAAUUACUCGUAACAGUUGAGGAUACUGGUGUAGGUAUUCCAUUAGAAGCACAAAGUCGCAUCUUCACACCUUUUAUGCAGGCUGAUAGUUCCACUUCUAGAACUUAUGGUGGAACUGGAAUUGGAUUGAGCAUUAGCAAACGUCUGGUAGAUCUCAUGUGUGGGGAGAUAGGGUUUGUGAGUGUUCCUGGCGUUGGCAGUACCUUUUCAUUUACUGGGUCAUUUGAGAGAGGAAAAACAAGUUCUCUAGAUACGAAGUGGGCCCAGUAUAAACCAGCUGUGUCAGAAUUUCGAGGAAUGAGAGCACUGGUAAUAGAUAAGAGAAUCACCCGAACUGAAGUCACGAGAUAUCAUAUGCAGAGAUUGAGGAUAACUGCAGAUAUUGCAUCCAGUCUAGAAUCAGCAUGUUCUUAUCUCCUGUCCACAUGUUUGGCCAUGGUUCUUAUUGACAAAGAUGUUUGGGAUAAAGAAACUGGUCUUACAUUCCAUCAGUCAGUUAAAGAGCAUAGGCAAAAUUGCAGCGUGGGGUCUCCCCUGAACUUUCCGAAGAUAUUUCUCUUGGCUACCUCCAUUAGUGCUACUGAACGUAAUGAACUAAAAUCUUCUGGUUUUGUAGAUAAUGUAUUGAUGAAGCCUCUUCGGUUAAGUGUCUUAAUUGCCUGCUUCCAAGAGGCCCUUGUAAGCGAUAAAAAGAGGCUUGUGAACAUAGAAAAACCAACUCUUGGAAAGUUACUACGAGGCAGGAAGAUUUUGGUAGUGGAUGACAAUGCAGUCAACAGAAGAGUGGCAGAAGGUGCUUUAAAGAAAUAUGGAGCAAUUGUCACCUGUGUCGAUAGUGGAAAGACUGCUUUAGACAUGCUUAAGCCACCUCACAACUUUGACGCUUGCUUUAUGGAUCUCCAAAUGCCAGAAAUGGACGGGUUCGAAACAACUCGUCGAAUCCGAUGUAUGGAGGAUGAAGUAAAGGAGAAAAUUGCAUCUGGGGAAGCACCAAUCAAGAUGUUUGGCAAUGUGGAAGAUUGGCACACACCAAUAUUAGCCAUGACGGCUGAUGUGGUUCAGGCUUCAAUUGAAGAGUGCAAGAAGCGUGGGAUGGAUGAAUACGUGUCAAAGCCAUUUGAAGAAGAACAAUUAUAUGCAGCAGUAACAAAAUUCUUUGAGUCUGGUUAAUAGAGAGGACUAUGAAAUGUGGUUUUACCAGCAGUCUAGCCCAUUGAUCUGUAUAUAAUUGAUGAUCACGUACAAGAGCAACUAGGUAGAAGAUUAAGUUGGGUCCGUCACUUCUAAUAUAAUAGGCCUGAGAGUGAGACCUCAUAUGAGGUGAAGCAAGGGUGCUUCUUCUCUAGUCACCCAUAUAGGUAUAUGUACUUAUGUAGGUAGAUCGUGGAUGACUUCCACAGUUCCAUGUCUUGAAUCAAUUAGUUCAUGGGAAAGCUGAUUGAAGCAACACCAUUGACAUUAACAUCAAAAUUUGAGGCAAAUCAUCCCAUUGAUAAUGCAGGAUGUCAUAAUUGAAAUCCUAAGCUCUUGAAGU